AUGGAAACAAGUAGAAUGCCAUUCUUGAUGCUCGGAUUGGACUUGCCGCCACCGCCUCUUUUCAAAGACAUCAUGGAGAAAAACAUUAUUCCACAGGUUCCUCUUUUCAACAUACUUAAGAAGUUCGAUGGCGAGUCUGUGACUGAAGUUGUGCGGCCUCGUUUAGCAAGGAUGAGAUACCGAGUUACGAAACUGCCUCAGUAUCUUAUUCUGCACAUGCGUAGGUUUACUAAGAAUAAUUUCUUCGUGGAGAAAAAUCCUACGCUUGUUAAUUUUCCUGUGAAGAAUCUAGAACUGAAGGAUUAUAUUCCUCUACCUGCCCCCGGAGAGAACAAGAAGUUGCGGUCUAAGUAUGAUUUAAUUGCCAAUAUCGUUCAUGAUGGUAAACCCGGUGAAGGAUCGUACAGGGCAUUUGUUCAGCGGAAGUCAGAAGAACUAUGGUAUGAGAUGCAGGACCUUCAUGUAUCAGAAACAUUGCCCCAGAUGGUUGCGCUCUCUGAGACAUAUAUGCAGAUAUACGAGCAGCACCAAUGACCUCUAUUUUUUAUGCAUUUACUCGAGUAGCAGGCACAAAAGCUCUCAAUGUUCUGAUAUUCAUGAAUUGUUGUAGCUUGUUUGCAAAUAGUGUUGUGUACUUGUUCGUUGGCAGAAUAAGAGCAUGUACCUCUGAAAUUUUUCUUUUUAUUGGUAUCCCUUUUGAAUUUUGUAAAUGAGCGGAGCAUUUGCAUCAGUUGAACGUAUCAGAAGUUGGCUUUCCGUUAACAGACCGAGAAGAUUUGCUUGUUAGAUGAUUCUUUAUCCAUUUGUUCGUCGUUUGAUUC